AUGACGGUACACCAUGUGCAGCCCAACGUCACCGCCUCCCAGCGACAUCAUGAUGAGAAAACUCGCCUGCUCGAAUUGAUGGAUAGACGCAAUGGCAAAUGGACACCUAGCCACCCACGCCAUCGCCUGUUGGACGCACUUUACGGGUUUCUCAAAUACAAAGACAGUCAGGGAGCGGAGCUUAACAGGCUUCUUGGCUUGUAUUCGCGGGUAUCCAAGUCCCAAAAGGCCCUGCUGGACCAUCACAUUGCGUAUUCGUCCAAGUUCGACGAGGUGGACCGCAAGCUGGCGCGCAACCAGGCCGUGUGUGACUCCAUUGUCGACUCGGCGCUUGACUUCUACGAAGUCCCGUACUCCGAGCUCACAGCCCAUGUCCGCGAGAGGGAGGCUGCAGGCCAAACGGCAGACCGAAUCUCCGUGUCGCAAGCCCUCAAACACAUUGUGAGGGACUGGACAACCGAAGGACAGCAUGAGAGAAACUCGACAUUCGCCUGCCUGCUUCACACACUUGUACAGCUGUUCCCUCACCGCCAUGGCACUAUCGAUCCGAUUAGAGUUCUUCUGCCCGGGGCAGGACAUGGGAGACUCGGUCACGACAUCGAAAGACUAGGCGGGUUUGAGGUCACCAUAAAUGAAUGGUCCAUGUAUAUGAACGUCGCGUACAGAUUCCUCGAGGAACAUGGGCAAGCGGUCAAGCACACCUUUUACCCGUUUGUUGAAGGCUGGUCGCACCAUGCAACCGACGCAGACAUGCAGCGGGGUCUAUCGUUUCCCGAUGUUGACCUCCAACCUAGCGCGGUUCUGAUGGCGGAAGGUGACUUUACGACCGCAUUCAAUGAGCAAAAGGGCUACUACGACGUCGUCAUUACCUACUUCUUCAUCGACACGGCUCGAAACCUCUUGAGCUACUUUGACACGAUCAAGAAGGUCCUGAAGCCAGGUGGCUAUUGGAUCAAUCUGGGGCCGCUUCUUUACGGCACUGCUCCCUUUGUUCAACUAUCGCUCGAGGAAAUCAUCAAGAUCACUGAAGCAAUGGGAUUCCACUACCAAGACACGGACCGCAAGUGCGGGGACUUGACCCUGGAGGGUGCAACAGUCAGGGGCAUGGAGGCGAUAUACGGCUUCGACAACCGAGCGCUCACAAAGAAUGCGUACAAUGCGCAAUUCUGGGUCGCAAAGCGAUAG